AACUCUACAAAAACGAUAAACUUCUGUAAUGUCAAUCGAGUAUAAAGAGUCAGUAUCACGAUGAUGAAUGUCAUAAGUGACGUUUGAAAAGGCUGAUUGUUGAGUUGAGUCGAUGAUUACGAUUGUUUGGUAAUAAUUGUUACAAUGUCGGAUAACGAUGAUGACUACAUGUGCGAAGAAGAGGAAGAUUAUGGUCUUGAAUACUCUGAGGACAGUAACACAGAACCAGAUGUUGAUCUAGAAAACCAAUACUACAAUAGUAAAGCUCUUAAAGAAGAUGAACCACAAGCAGCUCUGCUAAGCUUUCAAAAGGUUUUAGAGCUUGAGGGUGGAGACAAGGGGGAAUGGGGCUUUAAAGCACUCAAACAGAUGAUAAAAAUUAAUUUUAAAUUGAGUAACUUCACAGAAAUGAUGGCGAGAUACAAACAACUGCUCACUUACAUAAAGAGUGCAGUCACUAGGAACCACUCGGAGAAGUCUAUUAAUUCUAUUCUCGAUUAUAUAUCUACUUCUAGAAAUAUGGAACUUUUGCAAGACUUUUACGAAACAACACUUGAGGCGUUGAAAGAUGCUAAAAAUGAUAGACUGUGGUUUAAAACAAAUACAAAACUUGGCAAGUUGUAUUAUGAUCGUGGGGACUUUAAUAAAUUGGCCAAGAUAUUGAAACAAUUGCAUCAAAGUUGCCAAACAGAUGAAGGUGAGGAUGACCUGAAAAAAGGAACACAGCUUUUGGAGAUUUAUGCACUUGAGAUACAAAUGUAUACAGCCCAGAAGAACAACAAGAAGCUAAAGGCACUUUAUGAGCAGUCUUUACACAUUAAAUCUGCGAUCCCUCAUCCACUGAUCAUGGGAGUUAUUAGAGAAUGUGGCGGGAAAAUGCAUUUGCGUGAAGGUGAGUUUGAGAAAGCUCACACGGACUUCUUCGAGGCAUUCAAAAACUAUGAUGAAUCAGGAAGCCCCAGGCGGACCACAUGUCUUAAAUAUUUAGUUUUAGCAAAUAUGCUUAUGAAAUCGGGGAUCAAUCCAUUCGACUCUCAGGAAGCGAAACCUUAUAAGAAUGAUCCAGAAAUAUUAGCAAUGACCAACCUAGUGAUGGCAUACCAGAACAACGAUAUUAAUGAUUUUGAAUCUAUCCUCAAACAUAAUAGGAAUAAUAUAAUGGACGAUCCGUUCAUCAGAGAACAUAUUGAAGAUUUGUUAAGGAAUAUUAGGACCCAAGUGCUCAUAAAACUAAUCGGUCCUUAUACUAGGAUACACAUACCUUUUAUAUCUAAGGAGUUGAACAUAGACGAGAAGGAAGUUGAGAAUUUAUUAGUCACAUGUAUUUUGGAUAACACGAUCAGCGGGCGCAUCGACCAGGUGAACGCGGUGCUGGAGCUCGCGGGCGGCGCGCGCGGGGCGGCGCGCUACCUCGCGCUCGACAAGUGGACGGCGCAGCUGCAGGCGCUGCACCACGCGCUCGCCAACAAGAUGGCCUAGGGCCGCCGCCGGGGCCGCGUCGCGCAGGCUUUUCGUAAAUAGUGUUUAAUAUAUAUAUCCACUUUUUUAAGCUUACUAUAUAAUUUGAAAAAUCGAAAAGCAUUUGUAUAUAGAGUCGUUUUGGCGCCUAAAAAUGUCCCUCUGUAAAAAGAUUCUUCUGUAAAAUUGGCCAAUGAUUCCGUUUUGAAAAACACUGAAGCAAUAAGUCAAUAAAGUUUUUAACAAA